UUAAUGUUUUGGUCAGAUCAGCUGAUUGUGAGCACGAGCAGGAGGGCGUUUUCACACAAAAUGUUGCAGCUUACUAAAAGAUUGCAGGAGGGAAUCUCCUUAAUCAAUGCAACGGAUAUCAAUAAAGUUAAAGGACUUCUUGGUCGUGUGUGUGCAUCACUCUGUGCUGGACAUUCACAGGUAUUUUCAGAAGAAGAAGAAGAGAAAUUGAGUGCUUCUCUUGGUCUGCCAGUAGAAAAGACAAGACAGUUGAUAUACACCAACAUAUAUAUCAUGCAACAGGCAGCGCAUGGGAUGGUAAGACCAAUUUUCCUUGGAGAACAGCUUCAAGCAUGUGAAAUGACACCAGAUAGAGCCAAUGUAUUUGUGGAACACUGGACGACACAUGCAAAACAAAUUGUGGAAACAUUGCGUCAGCAAAGUUUAUCAGAGAAACAGCUGGCAGAUAUUUCAUGGGAACUUCACCUGAAGACCGCUUCAUCAGGAUGUGCAAGACAAACUCACCCCAUUGCACAUUUACAACUGAACCUAAGUAACAGCAAGGAGCCAUCAAGCACCAAAGUGGGACCUACAGAGUCUGUGGUCAUGCAGUUUAAUCAAGACCAACUCUACCAAUUGUAUGAUCAGAUUGAGCAAAUUCAGGCAAAUUUAGAUGCUCUGAGAUAGUGACAACUACUUACAUGAAGAAUACUAGGAAUUUAUAAGAUGAAUUGUAUAUUACUGAUCAUUAGAGAAAAAUGAGUAUUUUGUAGCAUAAUUAUUUUCAGAAAUAUUAAAAGAUGCUGAAUUCAUUUUGCUAUUAAACUGCUUCUAUGUACUGUAGAUAAAGUUUGCUGAUUAUAGAAAUCUUCCUGGGUCAUUUGCAAUCCGGUGUUUCAGUAAUUUGAUUUUUUUUUUUUUUUUUUUUUUUUUUUUUUUGUAAAUCUAUUUUAUUGUGGAUCUUGAUUGAAUGCAGUCAAAGUGGAGAGUAGAGAUUCUACAGAAGAUUUUUUAAAACUGUUUCAUGUCAAAUUAAUAAAAUCCUAAAACAAAGAA